GCAACUUCCGGCCGUGUGUGUGUGUGUUCGCUAGCCACGGCUAACAGUACCAUUCAUCGCAAGCUAACGGUUUCUUAAAAGUUGAACUCUCGAGUUUUGGAGUAAUCUGCGGCACCUUUUAACAUUUUGUUAACAUGGCUUUACUGACGCCAUUAUUUGCUUUCCUCUACCACCUGCCGCAGGUGUAUAAAUGGCUGCUCAAGCCGUACUAUGUAGCUUCUCUCUUCAUGUCUGUAGCCUUCCUGGCGGUCCGUAAAACGCCUGGAAUCUGCGACCAUCUGGCCUCACAGCGGGAGGACGGGAACUCCUGUGACUUUGACUGGAGAGAAGUGGAAAUCCUCAUGUUCCUGAGUGCCAUCGUGAUGAUGAAGAACCGCAGAGCAAUAACUGUGGAGCAACAUGUGGGGAACAUCUUCCUGUUCAGCAAAGUGGCCAAUGUGAUCCUGUUCUUCCGACUGGACAUCAGGAUGGGCCUGCUCUACCUGACGCUCUGCAUAGUGUUUCUAAUGACCUGUAAGCCGCCUCUCUACAUGGGACCAGAGUACAUCAAAUACUUCAGUGACAAAACCAUCGAUGAUGAGCUGAACAAGGACAGCCGUGUGACGUGGAUUGUUGAAUUUUUUGCCAACUGGUCUCCGGAGUGUCAGUCCUUCGCUUCAGUGUAUGCCGAUCUGUCGCUUAAGUAUAACUGUUCUGGCCUCAAGUUUGGGAAGGUAGACAUUGGACGAUAUGGAGAAGUUUCCAAAAGGUACAAGGUGUCGACGUCCCCUCUGUCCAAGCAGCUUCCUUCCUUGGUGUUAUUUCAGGGGGGGAAGGAAGUGAUGCGGCGCCCCCAGGUGGACAAGAAAGGCAGAGCUGUGUCUUGGAGCUUCACUGAGGAAAACAUAAUCCGAGAGUUCAACCUGAACGAACUCUACCAGAAGUCGAAAAAGUUGAGCAGGAACAAAGCGGAGAAGCUGAGCCCGUCGCAGUUCCCACCGGUCCCCGAGGAGGAGGAGGAGCCCGAGCAGCCAGGGGCCGACGCCGAAUCCAAGAAAGACAAAUAGGACGGUUAGCAUCACAGAACCCGAACUCAUAGUGGGAGACUAAAACAUCUGCAUCAUCUCCACUCCUCUUAUCAAAAUCCUCAGAUUAUUUAGAGGUGUGGUGAAAGCGGAAACUCUCCCUCGUUUUAUUUUAUUCCAUUUCUCUUCCUAACCGUUCGUCUUCAUUUAUAGAAAACCUUAAAGAACUAAUGUGAUCUAUCUUUAGGCGAGGGAGAACGGGGGGAUUUCUGUUCCCCACCAGUCUGCUCGCUACAUUUCAGCGGCGGUGAAGCUUUGAAUCUGACUUUCAUGUGAAGUUUUAUUCCAUAAAUGAGCCACGGCUGUCCUGCUGUUUUUAUGCUACUAAUUAAGAUUUAAAUGUGUUACAAAUUCACUCCGAAUUGACCCCAACUCUGCUGUUACAGUAAAUAUUACUGCUGGUAUUGAUUGUUUUCAGCUGGUCUCGAGGGUUUUAGCAGGGGUGUCCAAAGUGUGGCUCAGGGGCAAUUUUGUGGUCCUUGGACUGAUUUUUGUGAGGCCCCAUCUGCAAUUGAAGAACAAUAUAAAUUAGCAUGCAGAUGCAAAUGGAGGCUUUUUAUUUUUAAUCAGGGUGAAAAUAUUACAUAAUUCUUAACAUGAAAAAUGUUAAGUACAACAUAAAGUAUUUGUCUUUUCAUAACCAAGCUGAAGCUUUUUUGCUGCAUCAAAAUCAACUUUUAAUUCAUUUAGCUUAGCUAAAUGUAGCAAGUAUUUUGAAAGAAAGUGACCCAAAUCAUGUUCUUUAUGACUAAAGUUAUAAAAAGAAAUUGAAAACUGGAUACAAACAUACAAAAUUAAUUUUACGUUUCGCAUCUACAAUGAUUAAUAUUUCUUUUCUACAGGAAAACAUUACUUUAAUUGCUUGAUUUUAGUUUUGUUUUUUUGUUGUUUUUUGGCCCAUUAGUACCUUUGACUCAUGUGACCAAAAGUUUGGACACGCCUGCUUUAGGAGCAGCCUAACAUUCCCACAUGGACCCUGCACUGGAGAAACUGGGUGGAUAUUUACUGUCUCUACAGAACCAAACAUUGUUGUGAGACCAGAUGGGGUUUGAGACAUUUAUGCAGUCACUUUUUUAGUUUUAAAGAUCAACAUUUCUAAUAUUAAUCAAGUUAACAUCAAGCUUCUUUUAACAUUCCAGUCAUGAACUGUUACAGUUUAGUUGUUUUUAAAUGCACUGAUUUUGUUCCUCUUGUAUAUUUGUUCCUAAGCAUAUUAUUUUGGGAGGUGGAUGUUAGAUUUGUGUCAUUUUUGCAUUUCUCUACAGCCUCCUUCAGACCUCUAGUUAUUUAUACUUGUGUAAACUAUCUGCAGGAGUUACUGGCUUAGAAAAGUUAGGCCUCAUUUGUUACACAAAAAAUAAAACCAUAUGCACACAA